UAAGAUGACGGUGCGCUCGCCUUUCGGCUCUCUCUCGGUACAUCCAAAGUUAAAGAUUCUUCCUUUCUAUUAAACGCGAUCUGGGUAAUUUCAAAAGAAGGGGGAAAAAUGCUUUGUAGAAUGGUGUUGAUGCCCCGGAAAAAGAAAGUCGGGUCUGUUCCGGUUUACUUGAAUGUAUAUGAUUUGACUGCGAUUAAUGGAUACGCUUAUUGGUUUGGCCUUGGGAUCUAUCAUUCUGGUGUUCAAGUUCAUGGGGUUGAAUAUGGUUUUGGAGCGCAUGAGCAUUCAACGACUGGAAUUUUUGAAGUGGAACCAAAGCAAUGUCCUGGUUUCACAUUUAGGAAAUCUAUUUUGAUUGGAAGGACAGAUUUAGGUCCGAAAGAUGUCCGCGCGUUCAUGGAGAAACUUGCUAAAGAGUACUCGGGGAAUUCGUACCAUCUCAUCACCAAGAACUGCAACCAUUUCUGCAAUGAUGUGUGUAUUCAGUUGGUAGGGAAGCCGAUUCCGCGUUGGGUUAAUCGUCUUGCUAGAUUGGGUUUCCUUUGCAACUGUGUUCUCCCAGCAGGGUUGAACGAGACGAAGGUUCGCCAAGUUAGAUCCGAAAGUAUUGGUCAAGAGGUAGAGAAGAAGAAGUUGAGAAGCCAUUCGAAUAGAUAUAUACCUUCUUCCACUACCCCUCUACCCCCUUCAUUGACUUGUCCUCCUGACUCUACAACAACAACAACCGGUAGACAAAAACGACGUCUUCGAUCAUCAUCACAGUCAUCUUUGAUUCACACAUCUUCGACCUCGAGUUUGAGCUUGAAGGUUUAAAAAAGUCCGACCGUUGGUAUUUUUAAGGGUUCACAAAUGCAGAUAGGUCUUACUGCCCCUCUCCCCCCAUGUUUUGAGCUGCUGUUGUUUGAUGGGCUAACUGUGGAUGGGAAAUAUCUAUUUUGGUCGUUCUCAUCGUGGUCUGUGCUGGUUGCCAAAUGAUGUAAGUGUCAAAAGCGUGUUGUGUUAGAGAAGUGUUGGAUGUUUGGUAAUGGAGAGGCAGAAACUAUUGAAAGUGUAACGAAUAUGGCCCAUUAAAUAGUGUUUCGGCUAACGUUCUAAAUGUGAAUGAAUGAUUAUGGUCUGACCUUGUACUA